AUGGAGGGUUGGAGCGAAGCGUGUCGCGGAAGCGCGAGCGAAGAGCGGAUGGACUGGCUGCCGCUGGUGCGCUUGCCGGCCUUUCGCCGCUGCAAUCAAAGCUGCUAUCGCAGCGUGGUGGCUUUGUUGGCGUCCGACGCAGCCUUGCGAGAGGACCCAGCUGCUGUGCCCGAGCUGGAGGAGGCCUUGUCCACCGCCUUGGCGCAGGUCGACAAGCGUGUCUGGGUGGGCAUUCGCCUCCGGCCUCAUGAUCGUCAUGAUGGUGCAGAGAACUGUUUGCAGGUGGACCGACGUCAGAUCGUCCAAACCUUGGGCCCUGCCAGCCGGGUCAACUUCUUCUUUGAUGAAAUCUUCAAGGAAGACACCAGGCAUUGCUGCUUGUUCGCCUAUGGGCAGACGGGUUCCGGCAAGACCCACACGGUCUUCGGAGAUCCCAGCACUGAGUCCUCCAAGGGCGUGGCCUUUCGAGCCUUGGGACACGAAGAGACGGAGUAUGUCUCCGCCACCAUGGUCCAUGAAUGCGAGCGGGAGGAGUUGGAGCCCGGCAGCGCCUACAAGGCACCGAUCUUGUCGGCGGAGGAGCGCGUGGUGGUCCGCGGCCUGACGCGGCGGAGGUGUGAUCCUGGACAGCUCACCCAGCAGGUGGGGUCGUGGCUCGUGGAGGGCGCCGCCUCACGGAUGGUCGGCAAGACCGUCUUCAACCCUCGCUCGAGUCGAAGCCACGCGGUAGCAACCAUUCAUAUUUGCUGGAAUGACAUGCCGGACCAGAAGAAAGGGAAUGAGACCAGAGUGUACAUCGUGGACUUGGCCGGCAGCGAACGGUCUGGCCAAUAUGCCACCAAUACAGAGCAGCUGCGAGAAGGAGCUCACAUCAACUUGAGCCUUUCCACCUUGGGCCGCGUCGUGACCGCCCUGUCUCGUGGUCAUGGUGAUCAUGUACCACAUCGAGAUUCAGCCUUGACUUGGCUACUGACCGAUGCGAUUACAGGGCAUCAAGCACGUGCCUUCAUGAUUGCCUCUGUGAACCCGCUCCAUAGCGCAGAAACUCUGAGUACCCUUCGCUAUGCUCAAGCGUACUCUUCGUUGCAGUCGGAUCUCAGCACGAAGAUCCCGAGGCUGAAAGCCAUGCUGAGAACCCUGCAGCGGCAAAUGGAGAAAGCCAGGUACGAGCUGGAUUCGCUGUGUCUUGACAUCAAUACCAACAGCAGGCGGGGCAGUUGA